CCCCCAUCAGUGGACGAUACCCCUGAAGUGUUGCCAUAAAUCACUGGUGGUUCCAUUCCGUGUUCUCCCCGUGUUGUGAAGUGCUCAGUUAACCUUGUGGGUUUGUGGUUUAGAUCUGUCAGCUCGCUCCAGUGACUGCUGAAUACACGAGUUACACGUUACCUCAUUAAGAACCCACAUAUUUGUUAACACAGAAAGCUAAGUAUCAUAUAGACUGGGAGCACGAACAAAUCUGCCUGUAAUUUACACUUACAAUAAGAGUUCAUAUGUCAUUUCCCUAAUUUCUGUGUUUGUCUGUAAUCAGACGCCUGUAUCAAGAACUCUUACCACAAUUUAUUGAUCCAAGAUAUCGCGAUCGUCUACGUGAACGUCUUGAGCGUCAUGAAAUGAUGCUACGUCGCCGAAAUUUAGAUAUACCAGAGUUUUAUGUGGGGUCUGUUGUUGCUGUAAAAACUGCUGAUAAAUUUGCGCCAAAUCAAUCACAUCGAUUCUUGGGUAUUUGUAUAGAACGCUUUAACGAAGGUCUAUGGACAAAAUUUACUCUUCGAAACGUGAUUGAGAAAACAGCUAUUGAAAUUCAAUAUGAAUUAUAUAAUCCAACUAUUCAGUCAAUUGAAGUAUUAUUACUAGAGAAACGUUUAGAUCGUAACCUUUUGUAUUUACGUGAUGCUCCACUGGAUGAAAGUCGAUUUCCAUUUGAUAUGUCGCGUAUUCCAUAUAAUCCUUCUGAUCCUGUCCCAAUUAAUGAUAAGAAAGUAAAACUGCUUCCACCACCAUGGGCCUUCAAAUGGUAUUUACAUGGUUACCGUGGAAUACAUGACACCAUGUAUGAUUAUUUGACCCCACAACAGUUAUCUGAAAUUCAAGACAAAAUAAAUCUUGUCGAUCGAUAUGAUUUGAUGAAAAUGUAUAGAUCACGAUUGUGCUUAGAAGAAGAACAAAUAGCUUUAGGUGAUGUUCAAAUUCAACAUCAAGAUCUUAUACGUCAUCAUGAACAACGUCGACAAGGGUUAAUGGACAAACAUAAAGAAACCCAAAGGACUGAUAAAGCUACUUCUUAUGGUGGUUGUUAAUAUAUUUCACACUCUUGCUGUGAGACUGCAACAUAUUCCUCUGACGUUUUCUUUAAGUUAAGUUGUAAAUAUUACAUAGUGUCAUUCAAAUAAACUUG